UGAUUCUCAGAAAUACGGAACAAAAGCCCGUAUCGGUUCAAUACGCAACACGUCUUUUAGUUUCCAGUUACGGGACGAUUCCGUAUUUUACGGGCCGGUUGGCAACCCUACCAGUGAGCCCAGCGAUGCCAGUUCAACUGCUAGUCAAGGUUCAGCAACUGUAGCGGUGAUGAGUGUCAUUGCAGUCCUGUCUGUGAAUAUGGUGACAGCCAACAUGUUACUGAGUGUCUUCUUUCUUUCAGGAGUUUUGGCUGAUUGUCCUCAAAAGGCAGGCCUCUUCAUUACUGCACCACAGAAGAUGGAAGCACUGAGUGGAUCUUGUUUGCAAAUCCCAUGUAACUUUAGAGCUGGAUCACGACAAGAGUUUGACAGCAGUGAAACCUUCGGAGUGUGGAUUAAAAGUGACUCCAAUUUUGGCAUCAAUCCAAACAAUGUGAUUUUCAACAGUAGUGGGACAGUUAACAUCUAUCCAAUGAAUAUUAAUGGAAACCUGAGUCAGAAAAACUGCACCACUUUAUUUUCCAAUUUACUCACAAGUUAUACAGACACAUACUUCUUCAGAAUUGACGGGCCAUUCAGGGCAACAGCUUCUUGUGAUCCUCUUCAAAUAACAGUUAAAGAUUCUCCUCCGAGCCCCAGAAUUGAGAUCUCAGGUGAUCUGAAGGAGAAGGAGUCUGUCACUAUAACCUGCUCAGCUCUCACUCCCUGUCCACACUCCCCUCCUAAACUCACCUGGAGCCUCCAACAAGACUCUCACAGCUACACAGAGGAAAACACAGAUGGAACCUUUACAACCAAAAUCCAGGCCACCAUCACUCUGUCAGACCAACAUGAUGGAGACAACAUCACCUGUUCUGCCAGAUAUCCUGUGAAUGAAGGAGAAGAUGUCAAGACACCAGAGGAGAGAAAGACUCUCAGUGUUUCAUUGAAUGUCACAUUUUCCUCAGAUGCUCCUAAAGACACCUCAGGGUCCAUCAGUCCAUCAGGUUUGGUGUCAGCAGGUAGCUGGGUGAACCUGACCUGCUCCAGCAGAGCCAAGCCUCCCGUCAGCCGCUUCACCUGGUUCAAGAAGAGCACAGAUGGACCCAUGACUGUAUCUGAAGGACAGGUUUACAGCUUUAAUGCAACAGAUGGAGGAGUUUGUUACUGUGUGGCCACAAAUGAUCUCGGUAAACAAACAUCAUCAGAGAUUCAUCUUACUAUUAAAGAACCACCUGAUGGAUCGCUACAAUGGGGGGCAGUUCUUGGAGGAAUCAUUGGGAUCAUCGUACUCAUCUGCCUGGUUGUCUGUGUUUGCGCUCUCAUGUGUUGGAGGCGGUUAAAGUCGACACAUUCAACUCAACAGAGUCAGAGUCAAGCAGGUGAAGAGCUGGCUGUUAAAGAGCCAGCAAGAAAAACAGAAGAGGAAGAAGACAUCCAUUAUGGAGAGAUCGACUUCUCCAAGCGGAGACCUGCUCCGUCCUCUGACUCAGCGCAGGACAGUGGACAGCAGCAGGAUACGCUGUAUGCACAGGUCAAAGUGUCCCAGCCAGCAAACAGCUUAACGCAGACUGCUGACGGCCCAGAGGAUCUCUACGCUCAAGUGAAGAAAAAAUGAGUACUGUUUUGUUUGUGUAAAGACAUGGAUUACAUUUGUGUAGAAUUCAUAUUAAGUGGACCUUUCUUUUUAUUUAUAUCUUUUUUUUAUGCCAGUCGAUGUAGACAAAGACACUGGAGCCUGGACAUGAAAAUGUUGUCAUUGCUGCCUACAGUUCAAUAAAGGGAAACUCAAAAACCGCCACAUCGUGCAGCUUUUUA